GAUAGCUCCACUUUGUCUCUCUGUGUCAGUGUGUAUUAAUGCCUGUGCAUGUAUGUGUGUGUGUGUGUGUGUGUGUGUGUGUGUGUGUGCAUGAAAUGAACCACUGACCUGAGCUACAACUUAAAUACAAUGUCCCUGAAACUACCUCGCAACUGGGACUUCAGCACCCUCAAGGCUGAGACGAGUCGCAUAGCGCGCUCCAGGAGUGUGAUGCCUGGAGAGGGAGGCUCCAGCCCCGGCUCGCCGCGCUCCUCCAGGUCCAUGGAGCGGCCGCUGAAGGCCGGCUGGCUCAAGAAGCAACAGAGGUCUCUGGUGAAGAACUGGCAGCAGCGUUACUUUGUGCUGAGGGGAAGCACGCUGACCUACUACAAAGAUGACAGGGAGAAUACUGUCCAGGGAAUCAUCCAGCUACGACACACCAAAGUUAACGAACUCCCUCCAAACUCUGACGACCCCGCAAAGUACCUCUUUGAGAUCAUUCCACGUUCGACUGUUGACAGAGUGCGCUGUCCAUAUGUGUUCAUGGCAAACUCCCAGAGUGACAUGGAGGAGUGGGUCCGAGCUCUGCGCAGAGUCGUCGGAGUACAGACGAGUGGAGUGUUUGAAAAGAGUCUCAUCGACACGGUGACGUAUGAGCAGCGCUUCGGGCCUCGCAUGGUGCCGAUCUUGGUGCAGAAGUGUGUGGAGUUCAUUAAAGAACACGGGCUGGAUGAAGAGGGCAUCUUCCGCCUGCCUGGACAGGACAACGCCGUUAAACAGUUCAGGGACGCCUUUGACGCCGGAGAGAGGCCGUCCUUCCCCAGUGACACAGAUGUCCACACAGUGGCGUCACUGCUCAAGCUGUACCUGCGGGAGCUGCCAGAGCCUGUGAUUCCCUGGACUCAGUACCAAGACUUCCUGGACUGUACCAACCUGCUGGACUGCAGCAGCACAGAGGGUUGGGACAUGUUGGAGAAACAAAUCUCUCUUCUCCCCAGAAUCAACUACAACCUUCUCAGCUACGUGUGUCGGUUUCUGUUUGAGGUGCAGCAGCACUCAAAGGUGAAUAAGAUGAACGUGGAGAACUUGGCCACAGUGAUGGGGAUCAACCUGCUCAAACCUCAGAUAGAAGAUCCCAUCACUGUGAUGAAGGCGACUCCUCAGAUCCAAAAGUUGAUGACGGUGAUGAUCAGACAGCACGAGAAGCUGUUUCCUCUCUCCAAAGACGUGCUCCCCUCCCCUCCCUCCAAAAAGGCCGAGAGCAAGAAGAACACUCCCCGCAGCUUUGUGGGCUGGGAAUCUUCAGAGAUGGGCGAUGCAUCUCUGUCGGAGUCUCCAGAGGAGGAAGAGGACACUGACAGUCCAGGCCCAGACAGAGGGAACCGCAACCCCCAAACCCUCCAUCCAGAUCAUCUCUCUGCUACAACAGACGACUGGCCUGGAAAUCCCCGCAAACGCACCCAGACCCUGCCCACCUUCAACUGCCCCCUCACUGGAAUGGCAGCUAAGGCCGGCGCUAUAAACCGGUGGAGUCGCAUUCAGGAGGGCGUGGAGGAGAAGAGCGGGACACUGUCAGAGGACAUUUUUAAGAUCCUGGACCUGCGGAGCUCCAUGUCAUUGUUCGGGGGGUCCCACGCGAGUAACAAGAAGGGAGGCGAUGAACCCACAGCCAGCAGAGAAAGUGACGGCACGGGUUCUUCAACAGCUGGUUCCCAAAUACCUGUCGUCAGUGAGCCCCAGACCGUCCAGGUGCCGUCCAGUCACAAGAGUGCAGAGCUCCUGACAGCGGGAGGUUCAGGUCAGCAGGUCAACAGCAAGUCUGAGCUGAAGAAAGACAGCCAGCCACUCGUCGACAGUGUGCAGCUGGAGAACAAGGAGCUGAGGGCCACAGUGGCGGAGCUCCAGUUGGCUCUGGAGAAGGAGCGCCACCGUGUGUCCGCUCUGGAGAUCUGCCUGGGAAAUGCCGAGCGCACUCGAGACGAGGCCCAGAGACGCAACGAGGAGCUGCAAAGAGAAAUUCAGCAGUUCCUGUCUGGGAGACCACACGCUCCCACCUAAUGGUCGUUUUCAGACUCACUCGUGUACCGAGUCAUGACCCCAUUCAUCUCAACGGAGCUUACUUUACAUGAACUGAUCAUGAAAUGGUCUUAGGUUGUUUUCAUCUGAGCUCUGUUUGGUUCUAAAGAUAAUUUAUUGGCUUUAUGAGACUUUCAAGGAGAGAUGUGAAUAGGUUUUGAAUGCAGAGGGGACACCACUGAGAUGUUAUGCUCUCUUUGAUCAGAGCAUAACUGGACUGUACAAAUACCACCUUUUAAAUGGAGUAAAUAAUUACUUUGUCAUUUAUAGUGGUACAUUACGAAAGUUUAUUUUUGUUGAUGCAUAAAAUAAGUUCACAUACACACAAACCUUUGGUGAUGUCCAACUUUUUUCGGUGAAUGACUUUAAAUAAAAAGUCAUUUACCUUAAAAAAAAAAAAAGUGUGGUCUUCUGUGAGCUGUUGUUGUAACUAGUGGUUACUAUAGAGUUUACUGUUGUUUUCAAUCAUUUCAGGACCGAUAUCUGCACCAACAAGGGAACUGAUGCUCACUGGGUAGUUUCUCUUUUUUUUAACCAAUACCGUGAGUGGGGAGUGUUAUUUAACUGGCCGGCCUUGGUGUGAGAGUGGGUGUCAGCCAAUCAUUGGAGUGUGAUAAAUAGAUUGCGGUAAGCUGAUUACAGCUUGGGCAUAUAUGACUUCUGUGUUCUGCAUGAAAUAAUGCAAGGCUUGUGCACAUAUGCAAAUAAAAAAACAUGCAGAAAAAGAACUCAAAUAUUCUAUUAUUUCUUAUUUGUCAAAGUUUACGUAAAACCUGUUCUUUGUUUGAUUAGUGGUUGUCAGUAAUGAUGGUGACAUUAGACCACAAGAAUCCAGAAGUAUGGCUGUUUACUAGCGUUAUAAAUCAAGUGACAGACUUCCAUACAAACAAGAGUUCUUUUUUGCCCUCUAGUGGCUUUUCAAUAUAUUUUUAUUCAUGGUAGGCUUCAGGAAGAAUCCUGACGACUGCAUCCUUUUUUAUUUAAGGUCUAUGGCACAUGUGUCAAACUCACAUCUGGCCUACUGUUCAGUUGUAUUUGGCUCAGGACAUAAUAUUUUCUAGAUACUGUAUGUGAUGUCUUUCCUGCUCCUCCAAUCAAACACUUAUUAGUACCACACACAGUUACCUCACCUGUAUAAAGAAAUCAAAUGUGGACACAGAGCCAGAACCAGAUAGGGGUUAAAGAGGCUCACCCUCACAUUUGUGCUUUGCUCUCUCUCGUUUAGCUUCAUAUGUCUAGUAAAAGUUAUUUAUAGCGUACAUACAUGAAACCCUUACAUCUAGAGUAAGUCAGAUAUUUGGAGCCAAAUGAAAAUAAGUUAAUGCCAACAAGUGAUGGCACGUUUACACUGAUACAUCAGGCCUGUAGUAUGGUCUACAGCUGUGUCCUCUGUAUCAAUGAGUUUAAAUAAACACGGAGAAACCAUCUCGACUUCAUCACACUGUGUUGCCAUUAGGGAUGAGAAUCGGUAUCGGUCAGUAUUGGUAUCAAAACCACUAGAUCGGAUAUUGGGAGAGAUAGAAAUGUAAAA